AUGUCGGAACCUGAGCGUAAACAUGAGGGCUCUGGUGUGGAAGCCAGCGGCGAAGAAUCGUCGGGUGAAAUGACUUGGCAAAAACAAAAUUUCGUUGGCGACAACAUGAAUGUAAGACCGCAGAAUCCCAGAAUGUCACGGAAGAAGCGUACGCACUACAAUUCUAUCAGCCACGCCGGAUUAAAUGGCUUGACUCUAGCAUCGGAAAACCCUACUCCCAGCGCUCAGAGACUAUUUUGUGGUAAUAGGGCCCCAUACGGGAAAAAUAGUCGGAAGUCACGCAACGGCCCUAAGCAUCUGUCAAAGAAAAAUACUGGUAAGGAUGUCUGGAUUCGCGUAAGUGAUGAGUUGGACGAAUUGGAACUCGAUUAUGGCGACCCUGAUUAUGAGUCCGAGGAAGAGGAUCCGUCUGUUAUUGAGUCCGUAAAAGUCGUUUUGUCUGAUGACGAUUUUGAUGAAUACUUCUCUUCCCUGGUUCGCGAAUAUUAUGACCAUUGCAAACCUGGUGAAGUCAUCGAUGGGUUGAAGGAAAUCGCAAUUACGCCUUUGCAGCGCAGGCGCUUGCCCUCUUUGGCCAUUAACCUUGCGUUACAACACAAGAUGGGUCAUUGUGAACUGACCUCAGAGCUCCUAUCCGAGAUGUGCGGUAAAGUAAUCAGUAUGCCCGUCAUGCAACAGGGCUUUCAAUUACUUCUUGAUGAUAUGGCUGACAUUGUCAUCGAUGUCCCUAAGGCUCCUGAAUAUGUGGGUCGUUUCAUCGCUCGCGCCGUUGCUGACGACAUUCUACCACCGAAGUUUGUUCAGCAAUAUAAGGAGGUGAAUGCUGCUAUGCCACCAUCUGGAACGCCGCCAGUCGUCUCCGAUACGGCUCAUCCUCCAAUUCGUAUAGCAUCACGUCGUGACAGCACUGGUCUAGUAGGGAGCGCUGGUCCCAACACACGGAGCAGUUCUGGCUUUAGUUCCGCCUGUGAUGGAACUGGAAAUAUGAUGCCGGCUGGUGAUUCACCUAUAAACUAUGCUCUAAUGGCAAUUAACAAAGCAGAAACUCUGCUUACGCUUAGCCACGCCUACCGUCACCUGGACAUUGUCUGGGGCAUUCCUCCCAAUGAACGUGUUACUACUAUGCUGAUGAAACAAAUUUCCUGUAUAUUGGAGGAUUACCUGAGUAGUGACAAUCUUGAAGAAGCAACUUCUUCUCUUCAGGAACUUGAUUCGCCACAUUUUCAUCACGAAUUAGUUUAUCAGGCUAUCUUCUUGGUUCUCGAGCACGAGGGUGAUCAAGUGGUAAUGAACCGCAUUCUCCGCCUCCUAGACAAGUUGUGUAGUUCAGUAGUGAUCAGUCUGGAUCAGUUGGUGACUGGUGUAAAGAGAGUUUAUACCGAACUUCCGGAAAUCCAGCAGGACCAGCCCGUUGCUCAUGUCCUUCUGGAGCGCUUCUUGCGUGCUGCUGUCAAGGCCGGCUUCAUGCCACAGAAGAUUGUCAACGAGAUGCCCGCAAAGUCUCGUAAGCGUUACGUUUCCGAAGGUGAUGGCUUCCGCAAGGCAGCUCCGAUAGAACGUUUGUAGGACAAAGCACCCAAUGAAUCCAUGUGUGUACGCCGCAUUACCUACCCGCAAGUUCCAUCGAUUUUCUAUCCCUCGCCGGCCCAGACACACACUGACAUUUGCCCGUUGCCACUGCCACCUCAAAACCAAAAGUCUUGCUUCUUGUGCCCCUGCUGUCCCCGUCCGC